ACAACCUCGACAGGGAUCGAUUCCCUCCAAUCCGGGCUAUCCAACGUACCCAACAGGCGUCGGUCCGGCAGGCAUGGGCUUGCCAUACGGCCCUGGCCUACCACCGAUGUCAGAGUCACCACCCCCAUUCUCUCAGCAGAUGGGCGAACAGAUCACGCGCAUCGACUCUAAGAUCAAGAAGAUAUGGCAACCGAUCGUAAAGGAAAUGGACGCGAUGGCCAGGGAGAUCAUCAAACAAGAGCUUGCUAUGCUGAGCUUUGGCGGCGGGACGGGGCUCGGAAUGCCUAUAGGAGGCGUAGGAAUGGAGAGAGGAGGUAGCAGUGGAAGCGGAAAUGGGAGCGGGCAAGGGAUGCUCGGGCUCGGUUUCAACCUAGUUGGCGGCAGCGGCAAUGGGAAUAUCAGCGAUACAUGGGUGGACCUCGAACCUGCGCAUGGGUGACCAUGACUUCAGCAAAUCCCUUUUAUUGAUUAUGAUAUUUCCAGUGUACAUUUCGUCUUCCCAUAUUAUGCUCGGGCUCGGUUGAUACUAGCUGUAAUGAUUGUAUCCAUACAGACUUUUAGACUGCAUUUCCCAUUCUUCAAUUCAG